AUGUCCAUAACGACACAGUUUACAUCCAGAGGGUAUGCCCCCUGGAGAUUGAACGAAUCCCUGCUGCGCGAUGAUACCUUCCGCAAUUUCAUCCAAAAAGAGCUCACAGAAUAUUUUUCCACAAAUAACAACAACGAAACUUCCCCUAUAACGAUUUGGCAAGCUCACAAAUCAGUCAUGCGAGGGCUCCUCUUAAGCCGCGCAUCAUUCCUUAAAAAGCAAGCACAAAAAGAACAAAUUACGAUCCUAAGAGACCUUAGAGACGCCACAGCACAACACUAUAUACAACCUACAGACACCCUAAUGGAAAAAAUUGAGAACCUGACGGAUCAACUAAACACAAUAGCAAUGUCAAAAACAUCAUACAUGAUGCAAAAACUCAAAAUACGAAACUACAACCAGAAUAACAAAACAGGCAAACUACUUGCCACACAAUUAAGACUCAGAUACGCCCAAAAUAAGAUCCCAUACAUCUUAACCACAGAGGGGAAAAAACUGUACAAUCCACAAAACAUAGUUGAUGAACUAGCCAAAUACUACACUACACUCUAUAAUCUAAAAACAGACGCAUAA